AUGGCAGAAUCCAGUCGUCCCACGCGGCCCUCGCUCGGCCAAAUGCGCAGCAGCUCAUUCCUGCAGGACCACCAACAGUAUAAGCCGAUGGCACCGGUCAACCAGAUCAACCAAAACAUCGGAGAGGUUCUCGCAAACCAAGUGGACGACCUAGCCUUGAACGCCAACCCAAUCAAGCCCGAUCCCGAGCGUGUCACCGACAGCGGAAUCGUCCACAACAUCUUCAACCACCACGAGAACCCCCUCCCAAGUGGCACCGCGCAGAUUGUCGCAACCAUCUACUACAAAUCCGCCAACCCAGUCCACCCGCACUACCACCCCGAUGCCUCGCCCAAUCCCGCCUCUCAGAUCCCACCUCCCACCGUCCCCGAGGGUUCGGCCCCAACAGAAGAUAUGGACAAGUUCCCGCGCGAGCCUCCCGCGCCAGAGCCAGAGCCACUGGAUCACCUGUACGGCCCGUAUGUCUCGCAGAUGUGCUUGACCAACUUCCUCCAGAUCCUGGAGAGCUUGCCCACGCCUUACCAGCGUAUGAACACCUCGCACCGGUGCUUGGAUCGGGAAGAGAACCCCCGCGUCGUGGAGGUCACUUUCUCGCCCCCGCCGAACCCGGAUUACCUCUCUUUCCCAGAUCUGCGGAAGCAUGAGAGUAUCUGGCGCUUUGAGCGCGAGUGGAAUGUCGAGGUGGUUUUGCAGCAGGAAAAUGUGUUCCGGCGCCACAAGCGUCUGGCUGUCUUCGAUAUGGAUAGCACUCUGAUUGACAAUGAGUGUAUUGAUGAGAUUGCCAAGUUCAUUGGUGUUGAGAAGCAGGUCUCGGACAUCACUGAACGCGCUAUGAACGGCGAGCUGGACUUCUCCGCAUCUCUGCGCGAGCGCGUCGGACUUCUCAACGGUGUCCCCGCCGAUGUCUUCGAGAAGCUCAAGUCCGUCUUGAAGAUUGCCAAUGGUGCGCGUGAGCUGUGCCGUGCCCUGAAGACUCUGGGCUACACACUUGCCGUUGUCAGCGGUGGAUUCCAGCCUCUGGCUGAAUGGCUGGCCGCACAGCUAGGCAUUGACAUUGCCGUUGCCAACCACCUCGAAAUCGACGAGGCCACUCAAACCCUAACUGGCAAGCUGGUUUCCUCGUACCCGAUCAUCGAUGCCGCCCAGAAGCGCACACUCCUCGAGUCUUUCGCUGCGGAGCGCAACAUCCCCAUUGCGCAAACCAUGGCUGUUGGAGACGGCGCCAACGAUCUGCUAAUGUUGCACGCUGCAGGCCUCGGCGUGGCUUGGCGUGCCAAGUCCAGGGUCCAGCUGGAGGCCCCGACCCGCAUCAAUGGCCAGAGCCUGGUCGAUGUCCUUUACCUACUUGGUCUGGAUAACGAUGACAUCGCGCAGCUGACCUCUCAGUGA